AUGUUCAAACUCUCCUCCGCUGUCCUCAUCGCGACUUCAUCGUUUGCGGUCCUUGCCACGGCCUCCCCGGCACAGAUUGCCGCUCGUCAAAGCUGCAACACUGGCUCCCUUCAGUGCUGCGACAGCACCACCACAUCCAACGACCCUUUAACUUCCUCGCUUCUCGGCUUGCUCGGCAUCAAUGUUUCCGGUGUCGACGUGCCGAUCGGUGUCAGCUGCUCACCUAUCAGCGUCGCUGGGAUUGGUGGAAACAGCUGCAGCGCUAGCCCCGUCUGCUGCCAGAGCACUGAAGAUGCAGAGGGUUUACUCUCCGGCCUGGUCGGGAUCGGCUGUGUUCCCGUUGAUGCAUCUCUGUGA